AUGUCCACUCAAAAAAAUGGCGAUUGGGAUCGUUAUCCCGAGCAUACCAUCAUUACCAGGGGCGUGCGAGGUCUCGAUGUCACACUUUGGAUUGACAUGAUCAAGAGGCGUCUCAAUGACGCUCCUCCGGCUAUCGUCACAAAAGUUGAGCACUUCAAGUGCACUGGCCGCUUCAGUAACGAAUUCCUAGCCAUCCACCUCAAACAUCCCAUCCGCACCGGACUCAAGAAACACCCCACUGUCCUCUUCAUCGAUCGCGUCGCUUACCCAGAUUUCCUGAUUGCUCCCGGUUUCAAAAGCCCUUCCUUCCCUUCCUCCAUUCUCGCUAGGGAACGCAUUUCAAUUCCUCCCCCCGACCAAAACUACAUGCAGUUCGUCAGCCAGGAGCGGGGCGAGCAGCGCCCCAUUCUUCUGUCUCGCCUCGAUUUUUCACAGCACCCGACGGACGAGGAUCUUCUCAAUAUCCUCGAAUUCGCUUCUGAGAAGCAUCCUCCCCACGAGAACGACUACCAAGGAUUUUGGUAUGCCGGAUUGGUCUUCGAUGCUUUAAGUGACCGGUUUCCGAGUCAACGAUAUGAAGAGCGGGCGGAUGAACGUGGAUCAUUAAUUGGGAAAUGCGAGUGGGCCAAACUCAAGGAUGAUUUCGAGGGUUGGGUUUAA